UAAUAAUAAUACGCCAACACGUUAUUAUCUGCGUAAUUUUCUUGACCCAGCUUGCUCUGAAAAAGUCCAUGGUAGCGUUCCCAGUUUCAUAUAUAAAUCCCAUUUAUUAGUGUCAUUUUUCCACACUACUCGAUCUUAGCUUGCUUUUGAUUUUUGAAAUUCUCAUUCAUUAAACUUCUUCAAAAAGGAUAAAGCCAUCAAAAACUGAAAAGAAUUGAAAAAUGAGAAACAAAGGUGCGCAGAACAAGUUGGUGAGGAUCAUAACCACACCUAUAAGAGUUCUUGGAAAGGCGAAGGACAUGUACGUUCGAAGCAUAACACAGUGCGGUUACAGCGUCAGCUACGGCAACACCGGAGACGCGGCGGGGAGAUUCCAGGCGGGGCUGCCGCGAAGCUACAGCGCCGCCACGUCAAUGUCCGGUGCAGGUUCGGAGGAUUACGCGGAGCUUGUGAGGGCAGCGUCGGCGAGGACCAUGGGGAACCGAAUCGACGUGGAUUUGGUCCUGAAACUGCAACAAGAAGCUCGAGGUCGAGGUCAAAGUCAAAGUCAAAGUCAACCAGUGGGGUUGCCAAAGUCGGUGAGUGUUGGUAUGGGUCGAAUUGAUGAGGAUAAACCUUUUGAUUUGAAUGAAGGGGGUGAAGCUGUUGUGCCUAAUUCUUACCCUAGAAGUAGAAGCUAUGCUGUUGGAAUUAGAAAACCCAGCCUUGUUCAAGGAAUAAUAAUGGCUAAUUAGUAGUUUAGGGUUACGUAAUGCUACAUGUUUAUGUGUAAUUACUAUUAUUAUUGUUCUUCAUGAAAAUCAUCCUACCGCUUUUCAUCUUGUAUAAAUUUUGAUAAUUAUUUCUUGAAUUUUUUAAUGAAAAUUUGUGUGUAUGCCACUUGAAAUUACUUAUUUUGGAUUACUUUUCGAUGAAUGCAUAGUUCAUUUUGGCAAGUA